GUUUCUAAAGGAAAACAAGAAGAGUGAAAACUCAACGAUGGAAAUUGAUCAACAAAAUGAAGAUUUAAACAAUUGGUUACCGGUGACAGCAUCUCGUAAGGCCAAGUGGUGGUACUCCGCCUUCCACAAUGUUACCGCCAUGGUUGGUGCCGGCGUACUUGGUUUGCCCUUUGCCAUUUCACAACUUGGAUGGGUAUCUGGAAUAGUUGCAGUAUUGGGAUCAUGGGUGAUAACAUUCUACACAUUAUGGCAACUUGUGGAGCUCCACGAGGCUGUGCCUGGAAAACGGUUUGACCGAUACCCGGAGCUUGGCCAACACGCAUUUGGUCCAAAACUAGGUUAUUGGAUUGUGAUGCCACAACAAAUGUUGGUCCAAGUUGGUACUGAUAUAGUCUACAAUGUCACGGGCGGAAAAUCUCUUAAGAAAGCGAUCGAGCUCUUGAUCCCGAGUUUCGCGAUGAGGAACACUUAUUACAUUUUGAUCUUCACCGCAAUUCAACUCGGCUUGUCUCAAAUUCCGAAUUUCAAUUCUCUAAAAGGCCUUUCUCUUUUGGCCGCGGUCAUGUCCGUUUGUUAUUCGAUGAUAGCCUUUGUGGCGUCAACAGUUGAAGGAGCACAUCACCACCCGGCUAGCUAUGGAAUUCGAUCACAAGAUUCGGUAGAUAUAGCGUUUGACGUGAUGAAUGCGUUGGGAACGGUGGCGUUUGCGUUUGCAGGACAUAGUGUGGUUCUUGAGAUACAAGCAACCAUUCCUUCAACACCUGAGGUCCCUUCCAAGAAACCGACUUGGAAAGGAGUCGUCGUGGCUUACGCCAUCGUCCUCCUUUGCUACCUAACAGUCGCAAUCUCCGGUUUUUGGGCCUUUGGAAACCUAGUCGAAGACGAUAUUUUAAUCUCCCUCCAAAAACCUAAUUGGCUAAUCGCGGUAGCUAACUUCAUGGUGUUUCUUCAUGUCGUUGGAAGCUAUCAGGUAUUUGCAAUGCCUGUAUUUGAUGGAAUAGAGUCGUGUCUGGUGAAGAAUCUCAAGUUCACUCCUUCAUUAUGCCUUCGUAUUGUGGGACGUACUUCAUACGUUGUUGCCAUGCAUUAUAUGGUUGGUCAUGAAACAACCAAAACGUUGGAGCUUUCACUGGAUUGCAUCUUGGAUCUCGAUAAUCGUUGGAGUCCUAAUCGCGGUUUUAGCACCAAUAGGUGGAGCGAGACAGAUCGUCCUUCAAGCCAAAACCUAUAAGAUGUUCUCUUAGUUAAAUUUGCAAUGGUUUCUUAGUCUUUAUUAUUUGAUAAUGGAUUAUAAACAAUGUUUUAAAAU